UCAGGUUGGGCUCGGACCGGCUGCCAUCUUGGCCGAGGGACGGAGGAGCUGCUACGCCGCCGCGCCCGGUUCAAGAUCCAGCCCAUAUUAUGGCUGGCACUGGAUCCAAGUCAGGAUUACCUGGUGGGCUGUAUAUGAAAUCACAGCUUCAGAUCACUGUUAUUUCAGCAAAACUAAAAGAAAAAAAUAAGUGGUUUGGACCAAGCCCUUAUGUGGAAGUCUCAGUAGAUGGACAGUCAAAGAAGACAGAAAAAUGCAACAACACAAAUAGUCCAAAGUGGAAACAGCAUCUUACAGUAAUUGUCACUCCUCUAAGUAAAUUAACCUUUCGAGUCUGGAGCCAUCAAACAUUGAAGUCUGAUGUCCUCCUGGGAAGUGCUGCCCUGGAUAUUCAUGAGACUUUGAAAUCAAACAGUAUGAAACUUGAUCAGGUAGUGGUAACACUGCAUCUUCUUGGUGACAGAGAGCCAGCAGAAGUGGUAGGAGAUUUGUCUGUCUGUCUAGAUGGGAUGCAGGUAGAUCCUGAGCUCCUGACCAAUGGGGAUGCCUCAAGUACAAGAAGUCCUACACAGAGUGACAGCUCCAAAGCAAGAAAUGACGCUCGGACUAACUCAAAUGGCCUUGAAAGCUCUGAAGAUGCUGCUUCAAAUGAAAACAAGACUGUUAAUGGCAGUGAUUCUCCACUACUCACCAAUGGAAGCUGCAAACCUUCUCGACCUCCCAGGCCUUCCAGACCACCUCCACCCACACCCCGCAGACCCCCAUCAGCAGCUGGAAGUGUGAAUGGUUCUCCAUCCACGUCCACAGAGAAUGAUGGGGCCAGUGCAGGUUCACUGGCAGGCACAGCUGCAAAUACAUCUUCAGAACCGAGCCCUGAGGGGGCAACAGCAGCAACAACAGCUCCUGCAACUGCUGCGCUCACCACUCCUCCAGUAUCAAGACAAGUCCAGCCAGUAAAUCCUCCAACUCAGGCACUAACUACAGUCAGUCAAGGUCCUCUUCCACCUGGUUGGGAGCAAAGAGUGGACCAGCAUGGUCGAGUAUAUUAUGUAGAUCAUGUUGAAAAAAGAACAACGUGGGAUCGGCCAGAGCCUCUUCCUCCAAGCUGGGAGCGACGAGUUGACAACAUGGGGAGAAUUUACUACGUUGACCACUUCACGAGAACAACAACGUGGCAGAGGCCAACGUUAGAGUCUGUCCGAAAUUACGAACAGUGGCAGCUUCAGCGCAGUCAGCUUCAAGGAGCGAUGCAGCAGUUCAAUCAGAGGUUUAUCUAUGGGAACCAGGACUUUUCUUCCACUCAGAACAAAGAAUUCGAUCCCCUUGGCCCACUGCCACCUGGAUGGGAAAAGAGAACCGACAGCAAUGGCAGAGUGUAUUUUGUCAAUCACAACACACGUAUCACGCAGUGGGAAGAUCCUAGGAGUCAGGGUCAAUUAAAUGAGAAACCCUUACCUGAGGGUUGGGAAAUGCGAUUUACUGUGGAUGGCAUUCCGUAUUUUGUGGAUCACAAUAGAAGAACCACUACAUACAUAGAUCCCCGCACGGGCAAGUCUGCUCUAGACAACGGGCCCCACAUAGCCUAUGUUCGGGAUUUCAAGGCAAAGGUCCAUUAUUUCCGAUUCUGGUGUCAGCAACUGGCAAUGCCACAACACAUAAAGAUCACAGUGAGCAGAAAAACAUUAUUUGAAGACUCAUUUCAACAGAUAAUGAGCUUCAGCCCUCAGGAUCUGCGGAGACGUUUGUGGGUUAUUUUCCCUGGUGAAGAAGGCUUAGAUUAUGGAGGUGUUGCAAGGGAAUGGUUCUUUCUGUUAUCACAUGAAGUUUUGAACCCAAUGUAUUGCCUGUUUGAAUAUGCUGGAAAAGAUAACUACUGCUUACAGAUAAACCCAGCCUCCUACAUUAAUCCAGACCAUCUGAAAUACUUCCGUUUUAUUGGAAGGUUCAUUGCCAUGGCUUUGUUCCAUGGAAAAUUCAUUGACACUGGUUUCUCUCUGCCGUUCUAUAAACGUAUCUUAAACAAGCCAGUAGGACUCAAGGAUUUAGAAUCUGUUGACCCAGAGUUUUACAACUCUCUCAUCUGGGUAAAAGAGAACGAUAUUGAAGAAUGUGGCUUGGAAAUGUUUUUCUCAGUUGAUAAAGAAAUUCUGGGUGAAAUCAAAAGCCAUGAUUUGAAGCCAAAUGGUAGCAACAUUCUCGUGACAGAAGAAAACAAAGAAGAAUAUAUUAGGCUGGUAGCAGAAUGGAGACUUUCCCGAGGUGUUGAGGAACAGACACAAGCUUUUUUUGAAGGCUUCAAUGAAAUUCUGCCACAGCAGUAUCUGCAGUAUUUCGAUGCUAAGGAACUGGAGGUGCUCCUGUGUGGAAUGCAGGAAAUUGAUUUAAACGACUGGCAGAGGCAUACCAUCUACAGGCAUUAUACCAGAACCAGCAGACAGAUACUGUGGUUCUGGCAGUUUGUAAAAGAAAUAGAUAACGAAAAGAGAAUGAGACUUCUACAGUUCGUUACUGGAACAUGCAGAUUACCAGUGGGAGGAUUUGCUGACCUCAUGGGGAGCAAUGGACCCCAAAAAUUUUGUAUUGAGAAAGUUGGGAAGGAAAACUGGUUACCUAGAAGUCACACCUGUUUCAAUCGCCUAGACCUUCCACCCUAUAAGAAUUACGAGCAGUUGAAGGAGAAGCUGUUAUUUGCAAUUGAAGAAACAGAAGGAUUUGGACAGGAAUAGCUGUGAUUUGCACCUUGAAGAAUGUGAACUCCACACGAUGUUCUUCUUCACUUCUUCUGCUUGUUGCACACUUCAUUGUAAAGUAGACUUGGCUUGGAUUUAUUUAACAACACUAGUGUGUAAGUCAAUGGAUGUUAUCCUGAGGUUUUAUCCACAUUAACUCUGGAUUUCUACUGAGCACUUUCAGAAAUCAAAAGAGCGAUCAGAUAUGGCUACAAAGGAGUUAUGACCCAAGUAGAGAUUUAAUACAGCUUUGGGCUCUGCUUUGUUUUACCUUUCAUUACUUAGAAUGUGUCCUUAAUGACUGACAGGUUUUUUAAAAUAGUUUUGUCUUUCCUUUUUAGUAGCAUAUUUUGCUACUGAUGUACUGGGAAGUUCAUUAGUAGCUGCAAUGCUGCAGCAACAUCAUAACCUCUUUACAGCAGUGUUAUUAGAGCCGACUUGUGACCGUCCUCUGCCUACUGUGAGCAAAUUCAUCGCUUAAGCUAUUUUUUUAACUCAAGUGUGGCUGGACUGUUUUUCCUUGCCCGGAGUCUGCUCACAUGCCAGUGGGACUCAGGCUGCUGUUAAGGGGAUGUCAAACUGUGGCACAAAUCCAGGGCGUAGCUUUGUUUUGUUUUUCUCACAGUCUUGCGAAUUUCAGCAAAAUAAACGUCUGCCCAAAGUUGCUGGAA